GCAGGCGCAAAAACGAAGGCAGUUUUCUGUUUGCCAAUAAUUUAUUUUCGUUCCGUCGUCGGGUGUGGUGCGUGCGGCCGCGGUGGUUGCAAAUUUUGCGUUUUCGGUCCAGCUUUUAUUUUGGGCACAUUUUGAGUUAAACUUUUCACAAAACUUUGAAAUUUAAGUCGCAAUCGCGAGAAACUCGAAAGGGGCAGGUGCUGGCGGGAUCAUGUGCAAAGCUGAUGGUCACCGUGAUACGGAACAAAUUUGUGUCCGCCGGAGUAAAUAGAGGAAAAAGUGUGCGCUCAUCUCAACACGUCCAGUAAUUACAACACCAACAGCAACGCCUGUAUCGGCGUCAAUAGGCAGACAAACGCGCAGAGGUAGAGUCCCCAAAUCCCAAAAUGGAGGAGAAUGUCAUCAGCAUGUUUAUGGACGUGAAGCUGGACAUCCGAGAGCGGAAGCUGGAGUUCUCUCACCUCAAGUCCUGGACGCGAUACUUUGUGCGCGUGGAGGCGGUCAAGUGCUUUCCGUGCUACAUGAAAAUCUCAUUCUUCAAGUCCGCCACGGACGAAUCCACCGAUCUGAUCGUGCGCAUCAACAUCCCGGGACUGACGGUGCAGAUGGCCACCUCCCGAACGCGGGCCCACUCGUACGGUCUGUUUUGGAAGCACAACCGGAAGCGGUGCUGCGCGUACUUUGCGCUCGCGUCCCAGCUACUCUGCGAACGGCACCUGCGCUGGAUGAAGAAGUCGAUCCGGAAUCUGGAGCUGUACCGUCAGGAAAUUCUACAACUGCGGCGUGCCAGCCGGACACCGAUGCACGAGAUCCGCCAGGAGAUGCACCCGGGAGAUAACGACGAGCUUUUGGUGUACCAGAAUCUGGAACUGACGCAGGACAUGACGACGACGACGGAUACGCUGCCAGACAAGUUGGGACCGUUACCAAAUGUGCCGCCUGCGGCGACGGAGCAGGAGGUCUUUUUGCGGCGGAUUAGCGGGGUGUCUGGGAUUUACGAGGAGAUAUUCGACCCGGCCCGAGCGUCCGGAGUAUUUCGACCGAGAGCGUCCGUCGUGUCGGGGAUCUACGAGGAGAUGAAACUUACCGAUAUUAGGGAGCAGCAUGAGAGGAGUGCGGACGAGCUGGCGGUGGAUGGGGAGGACGAGGCACCGCCGCUGCCGCCCCGGCCACGAUCCCACACGAACGAGUUUGAGCUGCAGCGUUCGUUCACCUCGCCCGAGUCGGACUACCUGAAGAAGAAGAAGCACUGGCAGCUGUUUGAGACGAUGUUUGGACGGCGGCGCACCAACAGCGGAUCGUCCGGUACGGGGGUGAAGACGACGAAGGUGCCGGCGACGGAGGUCAAGAAGCCAGACCAGAAGGUUGUGUACCGGGACAAGGUGGCGCGGUUACGGUUUUCGGAAAACAAGAGAAACAGUUUUUCCAGUCCGGAUUUGAGUGCGUUGAAGGUGGAUGAAGGUGGAAGUGCGGCGACGUCCGGUGAUAAUCUGUCCGACGAGGGUUCGUGCAGUUCGGAGUUUUACGUGCAGCGUGACGUGGAGGACUACAUCGAGGAGGACUGCUAUUUGUCGACGGAGUUGCUGCCCGGGUCGAGAUGUCCGUCGAUCGAGGAAUCUCUGGCGAAUCUGUUGAUCAACGGGGAGGACGGAGGUGACGAUAGCAGGUUCGGUGGAGGACCGCUUAACGUUUCGGAGAAGGUUGUUCCUAAUUUGAACGGAUCCUGCAACUCGUCGACGGUCAAUCUGGUAGCGUUCAGCUGUUCGAUGGCGGAACCGGUUCCGGUUGAGGCGACUGAGGGUUACUGCGAAAUGGGUGCACCUGGAACGGGAUUCAAUCGGCUCAAGCUGCAGGAUGUCGAGUUGAGAAAGCCGCUUGAAAUCGUAGAAUCGAUCUACAUGGACAUGGACGGCAAACCUGGCGCUAGCGAGGAGGCGAGUCGAUCCAGUUCUACGAGCAGCGGCGUCAGCAGCAUGUACAGCAACACCAGCAGCGUGUGCAGUUCCGGCAAGCAGCGUAACUCGAUAGACGACAAAAUUCCCUCGUAUUACCCGAACGAAGACUUCCGAACGCCCAAGAAGGUCGAAAGCCACGUCCCGCGUAAAAGCCCAAAGCCCAAGGAAAGCCCUAGCAACAGCAUCAAAAGAUCAUCCUCUCAACGCAAGCAUCACGUCCCGCCGGGAAUCUCCACGAUGCCGCGUGCCUGCAAAUCAGCCCAAAAACCCUCCUCAAGCCGGUCUAAACUGAGCGCCCGAAGCGCGAGUUCCGAACGGUGCGCAGUCCCAACCCCACAACAACUUGACACAUCGCCCACGAAAAAUAUCGAAAACAGCCCACCGGAAAAGAUGCUGCUGUUCCACAACCAAAAGUAUGCCACAAUCGCACGCAGCAACUCGCCCUCUUCUUCGAGCAGCAAGUACGCGGAGAAAAAUUCCUCCUCCAAAAAAGCUGCCCCCGAGGCGACCUCAAUCAUCGGGACGAGUCGACGCUUUGGAUCGCUGCCACGGUUCGCCAAGUUUGAUCUGUCUCCGCUGCGGCUCAAAAUCAACAGCGUGCUGCAGCGGCACAACUCGGAGAACUUGUGAGGACACAAAAACACACGCUGCAAUAUCUCUUCGACACUAGAAUUAGUCAAACCACUGUUGCUCAAUUCUUAAGCUUAGCUAGAAGGUAUUAUUGAAAAUCUCAAUUUUCGGCUUCCAAAUUUAGCGAUUAAGAAAUGUCUUUUUUUGCGGUUGACAAAGAGCUGAUUGUUGAAAUCAUGUUUAAAAAAUUGCCAUUAUUUGUUACGCUCUAAAAGAAAAAAAUCGUCGUUUUUGCUUAGCUCAGCUUGUUGCCUUUCUAAAAAGCUUUCGAUUUAUGAAUCACUAUACGCGUGCACUCUGUGCUAUCAAAUUAGUUAGUCUGUAAUUUUGUUAUUGCUUUAGAUGUGACGCACGAGUGUGAUUAUCCUGUUUAGGAAAGAGUAAUGAAACGCACAACUUAUUCAGAAGAAAAAACAUACGCACACAAGGUACAACACUUUUCGCUAUCCAACGAAACUGAACCAUCCUGAACUAAAAAAAAAACAAAUCUCGGCUGGAAUCUCAAUUACUUAAGCCUUUGCAUGAAACAUAGAUUGUAGAAAACGUAUCGAAUAGAACGCACUCGAAAAUAUAUCAAGAUUCUCGAACAUUUUAAAAGUUAGUAAAAGAUUAUCUAGAAACAUCAUCACCGAAACGGUCGUGGGAUAAC